UGUUUUUCUUGCUCUUGCUUUUGUUGUGGUGGCUUUUCUGACUCCGACGUGGAACGAUCUAUUUAUAUAUUUAUUUUGGUUUAUUUUGGAACCACAUAUUCAGUUCUGUUCGGCAUAGGAUAUAUAUAUGCUUAAACAUUGGCACUUUCUGUGAGACUGUAAAACAUUUGCUCAAGGAAAGGUUGAUAAAUAUCAACGUUGUGCAACGCCGGCCGGGAUUAAAAUUGUCGUUGGAUUGCAUUGGCUAAACAAAAGAUAUAGAUUUUUCAACGAAUAAUAAUAUAUGGAAAUCGGUGUCAAAACAAAUAUGGCCAUUAUGUAACGCUUUGAUUCAUGCUCCAGUAUAUAUAGAACACCGGUAACACCUAAAGGUCGGAUCACGAUGGACGUCCUGGUGUUUCUGACGGCGGCGGCCCAUCUGGUUUACACGCCCUUUACGAAAGUGGAGGAGAGUUUCAAUCUGCAGGCCAUGCACGAUAUUUUGUAUCUGCGGAACAACUUUACGCAGUACGACCAUCAUGACUAUCCAGGAGUGGUACCCCGCACCUUCAUCGGCCCUCUAGUGGUUUCAAUGAUCUCAGCCCCGUUCGUUCUUCUCUUUGAGACUCUGAACAUCAACAAGUUCUGGGCCCAAUAUGUAGUGCGUCUUGUCCUGGCUGGAGCCAUCUCCGUAGGGUGGAAUAAUCUGCGACAGGCAGUGACCAAGAUCUACGGCGUUGAGGUGCGCCUAUGGUUCACAGCAAUCACCAUUUCGCAGUUCCACUUCAUGUUCUAUAUGACGCGGCCUCUUCCUAACAUUUUUGCCCUGCCCUUGGUGCUCUUUGCUAUCGCCUACUGGUUGCGCGACCAGCACAGGCCUUUCGUCAUUUGCUCUGGCAUAUCUAUCCUUGUAUUUCGCUUCGAGUUGGCUUUAUUUUUGGGACUUUUGCUGAUGGUAAGCCUCCUGCAGCGCAAAUUCUCCAUUGACGGUCUGCUCAAGAUUGCUCUACCAGCGGGUAUUUGCAUACUGGCAGCCACAGUUCUGGUGGACUCGUUCUUCUGGCGCCGCCUGCUUUGGCCCGAAGGCGAGGUGCUGUGGUACAACACUAUACUCAACAAGAGCUCCAACUGGGGCACAUCGCCCUUUCUCUGGUACUUCUACUCUGCAUUGCCGCGUGCUAUGGGUGCAUCGCUGCUAUUUUUACCCAUAGGCAUGAUUUUGGAGCCACGAAUUCGUCCAUUGGCCUUCUCCGCUUUACUCUUUGUCUUGCUGUACUCCAUUUUGCCCCACAAGGAACUGCGUUUCAUUAUUUACGUGUUUCCAGUUCUGAACAUUGCAGCGGCUUGCGCCUGCCAACGCAUUUGGAUAAACAGCGCCAAAUCAACGUGGCAUAGUCUCCUAGCACUAGCCUGCGGAGCUCAUCUUCUGUUAAAUGUGCUAAUGACGAUCUUUUUGCUUGUCAUUUCGGGCACAAACUAUCCAGGCGGAGCAGCUCUUUCUCGCUUGCAUCGCUUGGAGGCUGGAUCACCAAAUGUUUCCGUGCACAUUUCCAACUUGGCCGCUCAGAGUGGUGUAUCUCGUUUCAUGGAAAUACACGAUGAUUGGACCUACAGCAAGGACGAGUCAAUGAAUUACACUCAAGCGGAUCUAAAGGGGUACACCCAUCUCUUGGUGGAGGCGAAAAACAAGCAAAACACGGAACUGUGGGCAUCGCUCCAGAAUGAGUAUGACACUGUAGAGUUCGUAGACUGUUUCAACAGCAUCGGCAUUCAAUAUAACUCACUAUUGCCGGUGCGAAUUAAAACGAAGCCUUGCAUUGGAAUACUUAAAAAGAAACCAGCGCCACCAAAGGAGAAAAAAAAAACGAAGGAGAAAAAGAUAAAAACUAAGGUGCCCACGGUUGAGGAAGUUACUCCCUCGCCACCUGUUAAAGAUAUUCCAAAGGUCCGCGAAGAGGCAAAGAUUAAACCCACUCUACAAGUGGAUUUGGAAGAUGACGAUGGCAUUGUGGCAACUGUAGAGGAAAUGUCCUUAGAACAGGAAACGAACAUCGAACCGGAAGCUGAAGCUGAGGCAGAAGCAAUCGAAACGCCUGCUAAAGAGAUAAACUUCCAGGAGCUGCGAACCCUUGCAUUAGGACAAGCGACAAAAAAAUCGAGAGCAGCCACCAAGUUGAAAAUACGAAAGAUUAUCGAGCAGCACUACCUAGCCAAGGGCAAACAAAUCGAAAACGACUCCACGGAGCAGACUCAAAAAACCCCAGGACGCCCGGGAUUGCGGCAAUCUGUUAAAUCAAUUAUAAAGCAGGAGAGGAUCAAGGAAAUGAUCGAGCAGAUCGCUACGAUGGACCUGACACGCAUCUGCGAUUUGGAAAAGACAUCGACAAAGGACUGUUUGAAACAGGUCAUUGACAAAAUAGAUGACAGUGAGGUCGUGAAAACCAAAUGACAAAACUUACCCUAUUUUCAAAUGUUUAUAAGUUUAAUGAUGUGUUUGUAAAAAAAACUAAUAAAAAGAAAAAUAAUUUUUAUAAAUUAACAUGUAAUCUGAUAUUCAAAAAAGUAAAUAUUUGAUAAAAUAUUUAUUUUUUUUGUAUAUGAAUGACAGACAGACUUAUUAAAGAUGAACCAACGUUCGAACUUUUAUAGAAAA